AUGGACACCCUUCUCGCGCAAUACACUCAAUCUCCUUAUGCGAGUGAAGGCCUCACCUCGGAAGAACAAAAUGACUACACCGAGACUCUACCUCCUCUUUCCCUCAAAUUCGCCUUGCCUCCGGUCUCUCGACCCUCUGCCUUCCUACGUGCCGCCACGGACGACUAUUCCAAUCCAAACUGCCCGAUCAAGAUCGCCCACGGUACUACGACACUAGCCUUCAGAUUCAAAGGUGGUAUAAUUGUGGCGACGGAUUCAAGAGCAACUGCUGGAAAUUGGAUUGCAUCGCAGACUGUAAAAAAGGUCAUUGAGAUCAACCCGAUGCUGCUGGGAACCAUGGCUGGAGGAGCUGCCGACUGCCAAUACUGGCUUGCAUAUCUGGGAAUUCAAUGUCGGUUACACGAGCUUCGACAUAAGCGACGCAUCUCGGUGGCUGCCGCAUCCAAGAUUUUGGCAAAUCUGGUGUACUCCUACAAGGGCAUGGGAUUGUCAAUGGGUACUAUGAUAACGGGAGUCACUCCUGAAGAAGGCCCUGCACUGUAUUACAUUGACUCCGAUGGGACGAGAUUAUCCGGCAAUCUAUUUUGCGUGGGGUCUGGUCAAACGUUUGCGUAUGGUGUCCUCGAUGCUCUUUACAAAUACGACUUGGAAGACGACGAGGCGUUGGAGCUGGGCAAGAGAAGCAUCCUGGCGGCGACACACCGAGAUGCUUACUCCGGUGGGUACAUCAAUCUCUACCAUGUCAAGGAGGACGGUUGGGUGAAGCAUGGUUUCAUGGACACGAACCCCAUCUUCUGGCAGACCAAACUGGAGAAGGGUGAAUUUUCCAACGUGACAAGCGAGUUGAUCUAA